UCUUCCGCAGUCCCUACAGGACACACACACACACACUCACACACUCUUCCACACCCUGCCGAGGAACCCUAGCUCCAGAACGGACCCCCUUUCCCCCCCUCGACCUUUGACCCUUACAGCAGGAGCAUGUUGCCAGACGACCCGUCUCUGGGUGGCCACCCUCUCUGAGGGUCUGUGGAGGAGGACCCAGAGCCGUGAGAUGGAGGUUGGGUCCCCGGCCGCGGGCAGCCCAGCGCCAGUCCUCGGCCUGCGGAGGCUCUCCUUCGCCUACCAGGGCCUCCUGGAGAUCCCCUACGAGGGCAUCCUGGAGCAGAGGGACACGCUGGAGGUGCUGGACCUCAGCUACAACCUCCUGGAGGACCCGGCUCUGCUGGGGCAGCUGGAGAGGCUGAGCACGCUCAUCCUGGACUGCAACAACUACAGCGCCCACAUCAAGUUCCCCUACAUGCCCAACCUCACCACCCUCUGGAUCAACAAGAACAAGAUCAGCAACCUGCCCAUCAUCGUCGAGGAGAUACGCUGCAAAUUCCCCAACAUCAAGAUCCUCAGCCUGAUGAACAAUGAGGCGGCCCCCAGCUACUUCAACGGGGGGAGUCUUCCGCAGUACCUGGACUACAGGCACUAUGUGAUCAGCCAGCUGUCCAGUCUGGAGGUGCUUGAUGACACUGAGGUGCAGGAGGAGGAGCGCACGCUGGCCAGGAAGACGUACCGCAUGCAGCGCCUACGCGAGGGUAACAAGAGAAAGAAAGAACUGCUCCACUGACCCCACCAGGGCAACAAGAGGAAGAAAGAACUGCCCCACUGACCCCACCAGGGCAAUCAGAGGAAGAAAGUACUGCCCCACUAAUCACACAAGGGCAACAACAGUAAUACAAAGUUGCCCUACUGCCUCCCCGUCAUUCAGGAUAUAUGUGCUGCUGCUGUCCUCCGGUUAGCGCUAAGCAUACUUACUCCCUCAGUGCGCUUCAGCCAAUGGGUGUGUCCCUCAGGGGCGGAGAUUCCAUUUUGUUGUAGGGGGGGACAAUACACGGUAACAUUUCAGAGAGUAAUUCCUGGGUGGGGACACAGGAAAAUUGCAGAUGACCCUGCCUCCUCCCCCCAAGACGGAGUUUGGCCAUCUUUUUCACAUGCGGAUGACCCCGCCCCCUCCCCCCGCGACGGAGUUUGGCCAUCUUUUUCACAUGCGGAGGACCACGCCCCCUCCUCGCUACCAAGUUUUGCCAUCUUUUUCACAUGCAGAUGACCCCGCCCCUGCCCCCUCCCCCCGCAAAAAAGUUUUGCCAUCUUUUUCACAUGCAGGGACGUAAUAACUCGUUUUUAAAAUACACAGAGGAACACAAAUGUCCGGCAAGGCAAAAUGCCCGGCCGAUUUUGGAAUCCCUGCCGGACGCAUUUUUUAAGGUCUCGAAAAGAGGACAUGUCCGGGUAGAAUUGUAUUUACAAUGACUGUUGGCAAUGACAAUGACACGUCCCCCCACGUCCCCCCUGGGAUCUCCGCCUAUGGUGUUAAACCACUCAGCCCUUCUACACAUAUGCUUCUACAGCCCUCUCCCACAGCACUAGCUGAAAGGACAGUGGACUUGGACUGCUUCAUGGGGAUGAUGAAAGCUUCACAGCUGUUUUAGCCUGAUUGGACUGCUCCCAGGCUCUGAAACACCAGAAACACCAUUAAACAUUUACAUUUACAUUUAGUCAUUUGGCAGACGCUUUUGUCCAAAGCGACGUACAAGGGAGAGAACAGUC